UUGAUCCUCUUCUUGUAGUUCUUUACUUUUUAUUCUUCUUUUUUUUUUUUUUCAAGAAUGGAGGGGAAGAAGUUGAAUUUGUAUGCUCCAUUACCAUCGAUUAGGCGACUUCCGUCUAACAUAGCGUAUUCGGGUGAACUAGAGUUCACGAAGACGACGAUCACAAGACCGGAGCUUCGAUCAUGUAUGAGUACAAAACAAGAAACGCCGGUUUUUGUAUUACCAGACCAGAGCUUUGAUCAUCUGACCGAAUCAGCUUCAGUUCCUUUUGUGUGGGAACAAAUCCCCGGUACACCAAAAGAUGACAUGGCUACAUUGAUUCAAGAAUCAGGUUUACUAGAAACCGAUGAAGAAGAAGAUGAAGAUGAAGAUUUGGAUACGGUUCCUUCAAAUGAAAGCUUCUCUAUUAACUGCAGCACAAGUGGAGUCAGCGAGAUCGAGAAGAAUGAUGAGAAAUCCGACGGUGAUGAUGAGAGAUCUAGAGAAAGUCUAGAUCUCAUGAUGUCUAGAUUCUUACCAGCUGCUAAAGCAAUGGCUCUUCAGAAACAUCAGAAACAUCAAUCUUCUUCAUACAACUCUUCAGAGCAGAAGCAAAUCACUCAGACCAGAGAAGCUCUUGUAACUCGCCAAAGAAGUCAAUUAGCCGCAGAACAUGAACAUUUCGCCAUUGUUCAGAGCCUUUAUGAUGAUUUAAACACUGAUGAUGAAGAUGGAGAUGAUGAAGAUGACGACGAUGAUGAUGCUGAUGAUUAUGGUUAUGGUGCUCCCAAGAUCUACCCUAAUGUUACCAAGAAAGCUUGCGGAUUCUUGCCAAGGCUUUGUGCAAAGAACUCAUUCAAGUUUCUAAACCCGGUUCCUCUGGGUUCAGUAUCAUCGAACCAGUCAAUGAAACAUUCGGGUGAACAAACCGGUUUACCAAACUGGUCAACUAGGCGUCUCUCCGGUUUUAUAUCUCCAUACCGAACAUCUUGUUCAAAUUCCGGUUUUCUCGGAACUCCGGACAAACCAGAGGACUUCAAAAGAAGGCUAAACAGAGGAAUGAGCAAGUCUCAAGAACUGUAUCCAAGAAGAGAGAUUCUUCCUAAUUAUUCAAACUCUGGUGAAAUCAAAACGUUUAGAAACUCGAUCUCAACUCCUUCGAGGAUCCAACGGACGACAAUCCCCGACUCGAGGUUUCUUGUGGAGGAAGUAAACAGAAGAAGAAACAACAACAGGUCAGGGAAUCUUCUCAAAACAUCCCCGGUUUACACGCCGGCGAUUUCUCCUCCGCCGUUACCGGAAACUCCAUCUCGGCCUUGGCUCCGACGAACCCUCCUCCCGCCCGUGAACCCUAGACCAUACGGAGUCGUUUUAAGUCAAGUUGGUACCAAGAAACCAGAUCAAGAAGUUCUUGAAUCUACGAAAUGGGAAACAAUCGUUAAAACAUCGUACGUUCACAACGAUCACACUCGUUAUUCUCAGGAGCUGAUUGUUCAUCCAUCUCGCCAGCAAAACUCAUAAAACCAAACACAAUUACUUUUUUUAUUUUUUGACAGUACAAAUAAAUAGUUUUAAGGUUUGCCUCUUAUUUUUCAUGUAGGCAAACACAAAAUUUGUACCCGAGAUUGAUUCUUUGUGUUUCGAUUCUUUUCGUGAGUGUGUGUUUGUGUGUGUUAUAAGUUAUAAGUUAUAACUGUGGCGUUUGUUUUUCCGACCACAUGGUUUGUAGUUGAAGAGAUUAUUAUGUUAUUGAUGUUUGAUGAAAUAUGGAUUCCUUACCGAA